GAUCGAGAGAGUCUGACCGCCUGACGCAAGCAGAGCCUUCCUGAUCCUCUCUCUUUCAGAGAUCAAGCUUAGGGGAGAAGUCAGAUGGGGCUGUGCUACUCCUGCGUCGACAACGCUUCAGUCGAAGUCGUCGAAAGGUUCGGAAAAUUUCAUCGGAUUGCGGAGCCAGGCUUCAAUUGUAUCUGCUGCCUUAUAGGAGAAUCAGUGGCUGGGAGCCUCUCGUUGCGUGUACAGCAGCUUGACGUCCGCUGUGAGACCAAAACCAAGGACAACGUGUUUGUAAACGUGGUGGUCUCUGUUCAGUACCAGGUCGAGAAGGAGAACUUGUACAGCGCCUUCUACAAGCUCACAGACUCCAGAUCCCAGAUCACCUCCUACGUGUUUGAUGUCGUGCGCGCCACCGUGCCCAAGAUCCUGCUGGACGAUGUCUUCACGACCAAGGAGGAGAUCGCGCACAGCGUCAAGGAGGAGCUGACUAAGAGCAUGUCCUCCUUCGGCUUCAUGAUCAUCCAGACGCUGGUGACGGACAUCGAGCCCGACAUGAAAGUGCGCGCCGCCAUGAACGAAAUCAAUGCUGCGCAGCGUAUGAGGGUGGCGGCCAUGGAGAAGGCGGAAGCUGAGAAGGUGCAGGUGGUCAAGGCUGCAGAAGGUAAUGCUGAGGCGCAGUAUCUGGCGGGAGUGGGAGUGGCGCGGCAGCGGCAGGCGAUCGUGAACGGGCUGAGGGACAGCAUCAAGAACUUCUCCAGUGACAUCAGCGAUGUCAGCUCCCGUGAUGUCAUCGAAAUGAUGAUGAUCACCCAGUACUUUGACAUGCUCAAGGACGUGGGCAGCUCAAACAGGAAUUCGACGGUGUUCCUGCCGCACUCGCCGGGCAACAUCGCGGACAUCUCCAGCCAGAUCCGUAACGGAUUCCUGCAGGGCACCGUCGGGGCUCCCCCGGCGCCCACAAUGCAGCGCUGA